GAUAUUUUCAGGAGAUUGGGUGUAGUGUCACAGAGCACCCACAUCACUAGCUAGAGAACUGUCCAUUAACCUGAUACAGGAGGUGCAUGUCCACACACAACUCCAGGUUGGAUCCUGUUAAGCCUACCUGUCUCCAGUAGCCCAGGAUCUUCGGCAGGUCCUGUUUCAGUGCCCAGGAAGAACGCACUGGGAAACACUGCGACUUUGGAGGACUGCCCGUACAUGUUGGGUUGUGACAAGUAUAAUUAUUUUGCCUCUAGGUAAUGGUGUUAGAAUCAGCCUGAUCUGCGCAACUACCUCCACUUUUCCAGACAGACUUUCCGGACAGGGCACUGGCACAAGAAGGCCUGGACCUUGGACGCAGAAGCUCUGUACGGCGUGUUGUAGUACCAAUGGCUCGCCUGUUCCCUUGCACUCACUUUGUCCUACUGUUACUGCUGCAGCUAACGUCCCCAUCUGCAGGUGCACUAGAGAUGAUAGAUGGCGCAAAUCGACUCACCUGCGACCAGGGCCUGACUGACUGCAGUGUAAAAGAUGUUGCCUUUCCUGGCAUGAAGGGUCCUGUGAAAGUUAGCCGGCUGGAGCUCAGCGUGUUUCUGUGUUGCACCAACGGCCAAUACUGCAAACCCUGCCUGCGAGUCACGGUCUACUUCACAAUCAAAGAUAAACAUGAGGACCAGGAAGUGUCUGGUGACUACAGUGACGAAGAUGACAGCUCUAACCAGAAGGAAUUAAGAGAAGAGAGUCUCCUAGGGAUGCCACGCAGCACAACAGCAGCUUCUGUAACCGUGUGUUACAGCUACCCAAACAUUUUGAAUCGCUGCAAAGAAGUGACAUUUACAUUGAUCCAUUCAGCUCUGGGGGACCAGCACCCUCCUGAGCUGUGGCUGUCCAUAUUGUUGGAGCCAGAGCCAGUACAAUAUGGAAGUCCAGUCAUCGUCCACGCAUUAUCUACCUCCGUUACCACCACUAUCCCCUCCUUAGAAGAUGUUUGUUCCCCUGACCUAGAUAGUGUUGUGAAAGAAUGUGAUGCGCCCAAGCUCAGAGCUGUGAUUGAUAAGAAGAGAGGUGUGGCUGUGCUCCAACUGGACAGUUCUAACAAGACACCGACCAGUGAGAUGGGCAUGUGCCAGAUGUUCGGGACUGGAGAACCUUGCAGAUACCAGAAGUGGAGCCAGAGAGAGAUGAGCAUUCCUUUGAGGUCUAUAGCGCCCUGUCUGUGCUUUCAGGUUUGGUGGAAGGGACAUAAUCUACGCAGAGAGAUCUGCCCCUUCAUGAACAACAAAGAGCUUUUCAGAAGAAUGUGGGACAACAACGUGUCCUUGUCAGUGGAGGAGGCUCAGACGAAGGUGGGGAACGGCACAGUGCUGAGUUGGAACGUGACUGCCCCCUGUCGCCUGGAGGGGGAACUGUGGCUGUGUAGAAGGGGCUCAGCGGGGGGGCAUUGCGAGGAGUUGAAGGGCUCCAGGCAGAGGAUGCAGAAGCACACACAUGCCGGGUGGACGCCCACUCUCCACGGACACUGGAAAAGAGGAGAGUUCAUCAAUGUGAACCCUCAUCCUGCUCUGUGUGUCCAGAUGAAAGUACAGGGGAUGGAUACAAAGCUGGAUCCCGUGUGUCCAUUUGCAACACCACGGAACCGAUGGCUCCUGACUCUCCUAAUAGGGCUGCUACUAAUCUGUUUGGCAAUACUUGGGGCCUACGUCAUACAUGGUGCUCUCAAAGGAUACGUGUGGAGAUGGUUGAAAGAUGAGGACAUAAAAGGUGCAGUAGGAGGUGGCCACAUUGUGUUGCUGUACCCUCCUGACAAUGAUCAGGCUGUGCUGGGUCUGGUGUGUCGUCUGGGCUUGUCCCUCUCCUCUCUGGGCUUCAGUGUAUCUCUAGACCUGUGGAGCCAGGCCGAGCUCAGUGUCCUGGGACCAGUUCCAUGGCUCCACUCCCGGCUUGAUCGCCUGCAGAGACAGGGGAAAGUGGUGCUGGUGCUGACCCAGGCAGCUUGGGAGAGGGCUGAGGAGUGGGGCAGUCGGGGCAGUCGGGGCUGGGAGAGGGAUACUCUCUGGGGGAGGGGGUGUGACGAGGAUGGGGAGUCAGGGGUGGGGUGUCGUUCUCCGUAUUCGGAUGUCUUCAGUGCCUCGCUCAGCUGCAUUCUAGCGGACUACUUGCAGGGCCGCGCCGGCGAACGCUUCACCCUUGUGCAGUUUGAGUGUCUGCCUCCAGUCGGCUGCCGCCCCCUACCUGAGCUCUUCAGGGGGCUGCCGCUCUUCAGCCUCCCCUCCCAGAGCCUGGGCUUCCUGACUGAACUGGCUUUGGGGCGAGGUAGGGGGGCAUCAUCAGGGCGACGAAGGCGGGCAGGGGGGCUCAGGGCAGCCUCACGGGCACUGGCUGGGGGGCUGAGAGGGUUUGUGGGGGGUUCGGCAAUGUUACGGCUGGCCGGGCUGCCCCAGGACUGUGUUGGUGCAGGGGUUGAGGACCCCUGGGAGUCUGUGCCGCUGCAGCCAUGUCUCACCACCUCACCGUCCAGCCCUGACAUGCCCAAGACCAGCGGGAUGGACUGGGUCUAAGAGGGCAGGAGAGGCUGAGGAGGAACCAGGGGCCUGUUCCGCAGGAUACUAACUGUGGCACUGACAUACUAUAAUCCGAUACUGGACAUUAGGGCUUCAGGAGAUGGUAGUUUGAAACUGUGUCUCAUGUACCUUUGGAGCUACUGUCCAAAGUAGAGCAUGACUUGUUAAUAUUGUAAAUGAUUAACUUUUGUGGUCCUGAAAAACUACUGUCAACUCCAGUUUAGAGAUUGCUCAGUUUGGCUGGGCGGCCAGCUCUAGAGAGGUUCUGGAUGGCUCCAAAGUUCUUCCAUUUAUGGUUCCAAAAAUGGUUCUGUCCUAUGUACAGUGCCUUCGGAAAGUAUUCAGACCCCUUGAAUGUUUCCUCCUUUUGUAACGUUACAAUUUAAAUCUAAAAUGAAUUCAAUAAAAACAAUUCCUCAACAAUCUACAAACAAUACCACAUAAUGACGAAGCUAAAAACAAAUAAAAAACAUACAAAAGUAUUCAGACCCUUUGCUAUGAGACUCGAAAUUGAGCUCAGGUGCAUCCUGUUUCCAUUGAUCAUCCUUGAGAUGUUUUUACAACUUGAUUGGAGUCCACCUGUGGUAAAUUCAAUUGAUUGGAAAUUAUUUGGAAAUGACACACCUGUCUAUAUAAGGUUCCACAGUUGGCAAUGCAUGUCAAAGCAAAAACCAAGCCAUGAGGUCGAAGAAAUUGUCCGUAGAGACCCAAGAGAGCAUUCUGUCGUGGCACAGAUCUGGGGAAGAGUACCAAAAGAAAUCUGCAGCAUUGAAGGUCCCCAAGAACACAGUGGCUUCAUUCUUAAAUGGAAGAACUUUGGAAUCACCAAGAAUCUCUAGAGCUGGCCGCCCAGCCAAACUUAGCAAUCGGGGGAGAAGGGCCUUGGUCAGGGAGGUGACCAAGAACCUAAUGGUCACUCUGACAUAGCUCUAGAGUUCCUCUGUGGAGAUGGGAGAACCUUCCAGAAGGACAGCCAUCUUUGCAGCACUCCACCAAUCAGGCCUUUAUGGUAUAGUGGCCAGAUGGAAGCCAUUCCUCAGUAAAAGGCACAUGACAGCCAGCUUGGAGUUUGGCAAAAGGCACCUAAAGACUCUCAGACCGUGAGAAACAAGAUUCACUGGUCUGAUAGAACCAAGAUUAAACUAUUUGGCCUGAAUUCCAGGCAUCACAUCUAGAGGAAAGCUGGCACCAUUGCUAUGGUGGUGGCAGCAUCAUGCUCUGGGGAUGUUUUUCAGCGGCAGGGACUGGGAGACUAGUCAGGAUCGAGGGAAAGAUGAACGGAGCAAAGUACAGAAAGAUCCUCGAUGAAAACCUGCUGCAGAGCGCUCAGGACCUUAGACUGGGGCAAAUGUUCACCUUCCAACAGGACAAUGACCUUAACCACAAAGCCAAAACAACGCAGGAGUGGCUUUGGGACAAGUCUCUGAAUGUCCUUGAGUGGCCCAGCCAGAGCCCGGACUUGAACCCGUUCGAACAUCUCUGGAGAAACCUGAAAAUAGCUGUGCAGCGACGCUCCCCUUCCAACCAGAGCUUGAGAGGAUCUGCAGAGAAGAAUGGGUGAACCUCCCCAAAUACAGUUGUGCCAAGCUUGUAGCUUCAUACCCAAUAAUGUCUAAAAAAUGUUUUUUGCUUUGUCAUUAUGGGGUAUUGUGUGUAGAAUAAUGUGUGUAGAUUGAUGGGGGAAAAAACUAUUUAAUCAAUUUUAGAGUAAGGCUGUAACCUAAUCAAAUGUAUAAAAAGUCAAGGGGUCUGAAUACUUUCUGAAGGCACUGUACAUAGUCAUUGAACACUGGUCACUUUUAUAAUGUUUACUUCCUGUUUUACCAUUUCAUAUGUAUAUACUGUAUUCUAAUCAAGGUUCACCCUAUAUAACUACUGCUGUACACACCUUUCCUUUCCUAUUCAUAUACUGUCAAUACUGUCCAUACCCUCCAUUAUAUAUACAGUGGGCAAAAAGUAUUUAGUCAGCCACCAAUUGUGCAAGUUCUCCCACUUAAAAAAGAUGAGAGAGGCCUGUAAUUUUCAUCAUAGGUACACUUAAACUAUGACAGACAAAAUGAGAAGAAAGAAAUCCAGAAAAUCACUUUUUAAUGAAUUUAUUUGCAAAUUAUGGUGGAAAAUAAGUAUUUGGUCAAUAACAAAAGUUUAUCUCAAUACUUUGUUAUAUACCCUUUGUUGGCAAUGACAGAGGUCAAACGUUUUCUGUAAGUCAUCACAAGGUUUUCACACACUGUUGCUGGUAUUUUGGCCCAUUCCUCCAUGCAGAUCUCCUCUAGAGCAGUGAUGUUUUGCGGCUGUUGCUGGGCAACACGGACUUUCAACUCCCUCCAAAGAUUUUCUAUGGGGUUGAGAUCUGGAGACUGGCUAGGCCACUCCAGGACCUUGAAAUGCUUCUUACAAAGCCACUCCUUCGUUGCCCGGGCGGUGUGUUUGGGAUCAUUGUCAUGCUGAAAGACCCAGCCACGUUUCAUCUUCAAUGCCCUUGCUGAUGGAAGGAGGUUUUCACUCAAAAUCUCACGAUACAUGGCCCCAUUCAUUCUUUCCUUUACACGGAUCAGUCGACCUGGUCCCUUUGCAGAAAAACAGCCCCAAAGCCUGAUGUCCCCAGCUCUCUGCAGGUCAUUCACUAGGUCCCCUCGUGUGGUUCUGGGAUUUUUGCUCACCGUUCUUGUGAUCAUUUUGACCCCACGGGGUGAGAUCUUGCGUGGAGUCCCAGAUCGAGGGAGAUUAUCAGUGGUCUUGUAUGUCUUCCAUUUCCUAAUAAUUGCUCCCACAGUUGAUUUCCUCAAACCAUUGCAGUUUCAGUCUUCCCAGCCUGGUGCAGGUCUACAAUUUUGUUUCUGGUGUCCUUUGACAGCUCUUUGGUCUUGGCCAUAGUGGAGUUUGGAGUGUGACUGUUUGAGGUUGUGGACAGGUGUCUUUUAUACUGAUAACAAGUUCAAACAGGUGCCAUUAAUACAGGUAACGAGUGGAGGACAGAGGAGCCUCUUAAAGAAGAAGUCUUGCUUGUGAGAGCCAGAAAUCUUGCUUGUUUGUAGGUGACCAAAUACUUAUUUUCCACCAUAAUUUGCAAAUAAAUUCAUUAAAAAUCCUACAAUGUGUUUUCUGGAUUUUUUUUCUCAUUUUGUGUGUCAUAGUUUAAGUGUACCUAUGAUGAAAAUUACAGGCCUCUCUCGUCUUUUUAAGUGGGAGAACUUGCACAAUUGGUGGCUGACUAAAUACUUUUUUGCCCCACUGUAUAUAUAUAUAUAUACAGUACCAGUCAAAAGUUUGGACACAUCUACUCAAGGGUUUUUCUUAAUAUUGAAGACAUCAAAACUAUGAAAUAAAACGUAUUGAAUCAUGUAGUAACUAAAAAAGUACAUAAAUGUUUAUUUUAGAAUCUUCAAAGUUUUAUUUUUUCAUCUUUAUUUAACUAGGCUAGUCAGUUAAGAACAACUUCUUAUUUUCAAUGACGGCCUAGGAACAGUGGGUUAAACUGCCUGUUCAGGGGCAGAACGUCCGCUCGGGGUUUUGAACUUUGAACUAGUCCAACACUCUAACCACUAGGCUACUCUGCUGCUACCCUUUUCCUUGAUGACAGCUUUGCAAACUCUUGGCAUUCUCUCAAACAGCUUCAUGAGGUAGUCACCUGGAAAGCAUUUCAGUCAACAGGUGUGUCUUGUUACUAAAAGUUAAUUUGUUAAUUUGUGGAAUUUAUUUCCCCCGUAAUGCGUUUGAGCCAAUCAGUUGUGUUGUGACAAGGUAGCGGUGGUAUACAGAAGAUAGCCCUAUUUGGUGAAAGACCAAGUCCAUAUUAUGGCAAGAACAGCUCAAAUAAGCAAAGAGAAACGGCAGUCCAUCAUUACUAUAACACAUGAAGGUUAGUCAAUCUGGAAAAUUUCAAGAACUUUGUUUCUUCAAGGCCAGUCACAAAAAUCAUCAAGCGCUAUGAUAGGGCGGAAGGGUAGCCUAGAGUGUUGGCCUAGAGUGUUGGACUAGUAAUAAGAAGUGACAUGCUUGGGCCAAGAAACACAAGCAAUGGACAUAAGACCAGUGGAAAUCUGUCCUUUUGUCUGAUGAGUCCAAAUUUGAGACUUUUGGUUCCAACCGCCGUGUCUUUGUGAGAUGCAGAGUAGGUGAACGGAUGAUCUCCGCAUGUGUGGUUCCCACCGUGAAGCAUGGAGGAGGAGGUGUGAUGGUGUGGGAUUGCAUUGCUAGUGACACUGUCUGUGAUUUAUUUAGAAUUCAAGGUACAAUUUAACCAGCCUGGCUACCACAGCAUGCUGCAGCAAUACGCCAUCCCAUCUGGUUUGGGCUUAAUGGGACUAUCAUUUUUUUUUCAACAGGACAAUGACCCAAAACACACCUCCAGAAUGGGUAAUGGCUAUUUGACCAAGAAGGAGAGUGAUGGAGUGCUGCAUUGUGGCCUCCACAAUCACCUGACCUCAACCCAACUGAGAUGGUUUGGGGAUGAGUUGGACUGCAGAGUGAAGGAAAAGCAGCCAACAAGUGCUCAGCAUAUGUAAUAACUCCUUCAAGACUGUUGGAAAAGCAUUCCUCAUGAAACUGGUUGAGAGACUGCCAAGAGUGUGCAAAGCUGUCAUCAAGGCAAAGAGUGGCUACUUUGAAGAAUCUAAAAUGUAUUUGGAUUUGUUAAAAACUUUUUUGGUUGCUACAUGAUUCCAUAUGCGUUAUUUCAUAGUUUUGAUGUCUUCACUAUUAUUCUACAAUGUAGAAAAUAGUAAAUAUAAAUAAAAACCCUUGAAUGAG